UCUCACUGCGCGUGCGGCUGUGCGUGACCGUGUGUGUGUGUGCGUGUGUGUGUGUGCGUGCGUGUGUGUGUGUUAAUAUGCGUGCGCGUGAGUGUUAAUGCGUGGCACCAUCGCGCAGUCCCGUUCAUUUCGGCCCGUUUUGGAGAGAUGAGCGGCAGGGUUGGAGAUCUGAGCGCUAAACAGGCCGAGGCUUUAGCUCUGUUUCGGGAGAGGGUCCAAGAUGUCCUGCCUCAGUGUACGUCUCAGAGUGACCACUUCUUACUGCGCUGGCUUCGAGCCAGAAAUUUCAACAUACAAAAAGCUGAAGCGAUGCUACGUAAGCAUUUGGAGUUCCGGAAACAGUUGAAGGCUGACACCAUCACCACUGACUGGAAGCCUCCUGAGGUACUAGAAAAAUUUUUCUCUGGUGGAAUGUGUGGCUACGACCGAGAGGGAAGCCCCGUUUGGUACGACGUUAUCGGGCCGGUGGAUCCCAAAGGACUUCUUUUGUCUGCCUCUAAGCAGGACUUCAUCAAGACAAAAGUACGAGAUUGUGAGAUGCUGCAGAAGGAAUGUACUUCACAAAGCGAAAGGUUGGGUAAAAAUGUGGAAUCCAUCACUAUGAUCUAUGACUGUGAAGGUUUAGGCCUGAAGCAUCUAUGGAAGCCUGCUAUAGAGACGUAUGGAGAGGUUUUGACAAUGUUUGAAGACAACUAUCCUGAAGGAUUGAAGAGAUUAUUAGUAAUAAAAGCCCCCAAACUGUUUCCUGUUGCGUAUAAUCUGGUAAAGCACUUUCUGAGUGAAGACACUCGCCGCAAGAUCUUGGUUCUGGGGUCAAAUUGGCAGGAGGUGUUAAAGAAAUACAUAGACCCAGAGGAGCUCCCAGCCAUCUAUGGGGGGAAACUGACCGAUCCGGAUGGUGACCCACGCUGCAGGACCAGGAUUAAUCAGGGUGGCCUGGUACCUGAGACGUACUACGCGCGGGAUUUUAUUCAAGUGCAGUACGACCAGUGUGUGUCUGUCAGCCGUGGCUCUUCCCAUCAGCUCGAGUAUGAGAUCUUGGCUCCAGGCUGUGUUCUUAGGUGGCAGUUCUCAUGUGAAGGCGGCGAUGUAGGCUUUGGAGUCUUCAUGAAGAAGAAGUUGGGUGAAUGGAUGAAGGCAGGACAGAUGCAGGAAGUCAUGUGCAGUCAGCGCUACAACGCACACCUCGUACCCGAGGACGGAACUCUCACCUGCGCUGAGCCUGGAGUGUACGUUCUACGAUUUGACAACACCUACAGCAUCUUCCAGUCCAAAAAAGUCAGCUUCUCUGUGGAAGUCCUCUUGCCCAGCAGCGACAACCAAUCACAGUCUGAGACGAGCAGGUCGCCGGGACGGGAUGUGCAGAAAGGUCAAUAGUGUGUGAUUCGCGUCCUGCCUGUUUAGAGACUGCCAGCAGGGCAAACCAGUACUUGAAAUGGUCUUAUAGACAGUAUUUUCCAGAAAAAGGCUUUGAGACUGUUCUGUGAAAAUGUUGCUUGUGGGAAGAGAAAAGUGCGACCUUUCUUUAUUUACUUCUUAAGUGGAAUAGCUGCAAAAGUCAAAGUAUUAAAAUUCCUUCAGCAUUUACAGCUGAGCUGCGAAAGAGGUUUGAAGUAGAUGCUCGCUUUGGCACUUUAGUGACAAAUAACUUAAGACUUAAAGGAAUAUAUUGAUAGAAUCACAAGCACUUAGUAUUAUUAUUACUUACAGAUUGUAUGAACAUUAACAUAACUGAUGAUACAGUACUGUGCAAAAGACUUAGGAGAAAUACUACAGACUUUGUUAUGGAUGUUUAUUUUAUUUCUCAAUACGAACCCAUGUAUGUCAUUAAAAACAGCAAGUGAGAUGGAAAACAAAUGAUCAUUUUAUCCUGAAUUAAAAUGUCUCUAUAAAGCUUCAAUAUCCAUUGUUAAAGCGCUAAACAAAUAAAAUUGACUUCCGAUUUUUAUUUAAAGCAAAGGGUUAUGUGAACCGUGCUUUAUAGUCAUUUUUACUCUAGAAUUUCACUAUAUUUGAAAGCAUUGUGUUGCUUUUACACAGUACUGUACGGUAAUACGUGAGAUAUACGUCAUUUUCAUCAUUUUAAACGUCUUUAAUGGAAAACACAUAAAUGCUAGUUUGAAAAUUCAUUCAUAUUCAGCAAGUGUUUAUCUAUGGCCAUUUUCUUGGGUACAGUGUACACUCAUGCUCGUACUAGGGGUAGUUUUGUGUCACUAGUCUAGUUUUGGGAAGUGGAUAGAACUUAGAGAACCUGGAGAAACAAGGUGGUCAUAUGAGGAAUGAGGAAACAGAUAGGACCCUGAGAAAAAGGCUGAGUGAAGACCCUGGAGCUGUGAGGCGAUAACACUAUGAUAACAGCCAUGUUCGAAAAUGAUUUAAAAAGAAGCAUUUUAAGUAUUAAUGGUUGCUGGAUGUUUAUCCGGUUUCCUCAGUUAGGAUAAAAAUCAGAGGGAACGAAGGAAUCAUGAUGUUCAAAAGUAGCGUCAAUCACUUUUAUUAACCAGAUUAAAUAUAGAGUUUAAAGCUUUAUUCUAGUCGAAAUUGACUAGAUUUAUUUUUCUUAAAGUGCCAUUUUGGUCAGAUUAUUCAUCAACUUACAGCUGAAGACGAUUCUUUCAUUAACGCUGAACUCGCGUUCAUUCUUAACCGCUCUAGAAAGACUCAUACUUAAUCAUUUAUAAUAAUGAUUCAAAAACUAAUUUAAUAACACUUUAUUAAAGCUUUACUGUCAGAGAAUGAGUGCCACCAGCAGGGGCAAAAUCCAGACUUAAAUGCAGGCAUAGCAAAAAACAGAGAGGUUUUAUUAAGAAAAUAACAGAACCAACAGACAGAGGAAAACACUAGGGGAAAACUGAGCAACAAAAAUACAAAGCAAGAUACAAGGAAAGCUAAAAGAGAGAACACGUAAUAAACAACA